CGGAUCGGAAAUCCCAGAUUUUGUCGCCCUGCAGAUGAUUUUUUUUUCAUAUGCAAUAAUUUCACGUAAUUUCAUUAAUAAAUUAAAAUAUCCAAAAAUUCAUCUAAUCAGAACAUUUUCAUUAUCAAAUCAAAGAAAUAAAAUUGGAGAUGAAUUUGACAAUUCAGCAUUUGAAAAUACUUUUGGAUUUAACUUUAAGAAAAGCCAAAAACAUCAAAAGAAGUAGAAGAACGAUUAAUUGCUAUUUUAUAUAAAUUUGAUAAACGGAGGGAUUUUUUGUUUAAUCUUGGUUCACAAAUGCAUUGGGAUAUGGGGAUUAAAAUAGCUGAUAUUGAUGAGUUUUUGGAUUUUGUUGAAACCGAAUUGGACGUGGAUAUGCACAAUGGACACUUUUUGGAUUUUACAACCCUUCGAGAUGUCCACAGUCAUAUUUGUAAUGAAUUAUUUAUUCCAAAUGUUAGAAAAACUAUUAGACAAAGGAAAGCAGAACAGAAAAAGGAAGCGGAGGAGGAAAGGGAAAAAUCAAAAAUUGAACAAGCAAAUUAA